CCUCUUGCUAGAGCCACGGUCUGGCGUUUUCUGCCCUCGAGCCCUAGAGUCUCUAGCCCCACGGUGGAAAUCCAUUUCCUGCCUGUCUAUCCGAAGUAGUUCCAUGGCCAAGAGCUUCGUUUCCGACUUAGUGAUCUCCCCGCAGAGGAAACUAGAUCCCUCAGAGCUCCGUUUUCUAUUAUAUGAACGAAGUUAAUGACUCAUGUGGCCUCACUGCUAAAAGACGCCAAGGAGAGUUUCUGAAAGGACUUCUGUAAGAUACAAGGGGUUGAGCACGCGAGAGUUAAGUGUGAUGGCCCCUGCUGGGAAGUGUCCGCUUACGGGGGUGCUUUUCAAACCCUUGCAAACUUCGAAAGACAUUCUGAGCCCCUCUAUUAGUAGGAAUGGCUGCCGUGGCUUCAUAGUCCUUAUGUAAUCAUCGCAUCCCUAUUAUGUGGUGGAUGCAGGAGGCAGAUACUAUCCUAUUUCACAGACCAGGAAACAGCUCGAGAACACAAAACCCUUCAGAAGGAAGGAAGGACGAAUCCUGACCCGCUCCCAAAACGAAGCUUCUAACGAACAGUCUUUGGUCACACCCAGGACACAGCCUAGAUUCGCGUAUGUCAGGGUAUCUUUCUCUCCAACCAGAAAACCAAAGAGCUGGCUGGGCUGAGCCAAGCUCUGGCCAAGGGCUCCUGACAGUUACCAGCUCCGCGUGCUGUCACUGCUACCCCCAACCCCCAGUCCAGUCCAGUCCACCGUUUCUGAUCUGGACGGUAGCAAUUCGAUUGCAGCCUGAGACAUCUUAUAACUGGAAUCAGUGGGUCACGCCACUUCUCUGCUGCUUCUAAUCACACUGACUGCUAAAUCUAAACGACACAGAGCUUGUCUUAAAUUUCUUUUUAACUUUAAUACUAACGAUGCCCGUUUCUUACGGUUUUUGGAAGACUUAAAAAGUAUGGUAUACCGUAAUGAAAAAUUCUACAGUAGACCAAGGGGACCCUGGGGCAGGACAAGCAACGUUCUUAAGCGUGGAUUCCUUUACGUUGGGACACAGGAGAAGUUAGGGUGAAUCGUUUGAUGUAAAAGGCUUGACUACAUAAUCUACAUCUGCCCUAAUGCUGUCAUCUGGAGUAGAGACUCAGCCAGUUCCACUUGAUUCCUCCAUGUCUGCCGUGGUACAGGAAUUAUACUCUGAACUCCCAGUAAGCGUCUCCAAAGAGCUUCAUGCUGACCCUGAGCCAAGUGUGAUUCCAGAUGUAAAACCUGGAGCCUCAAGCUCUCUUUUAAGUCAGAGUAGGGCAUUGCCCUUGGAGCUGCAGAGGACUCAUGCGGAGAGUUGUUGUGAAGAAAACUAUGAGACCUUGGAUCAUGGGAGUGAGCCUGGGCGAUAUGGGCUAGUGGACUCCACAGCAGGAGGUUCUGUGGCUUCUGGGAUCUUGGAUAGGGCAAACAGAAGCAAGAGCAUGGAGCCAAAGGUCUUCAGAGAUCAAGGGGGGCAGGCGAAAAUUAUAAAAGAACCCUCUGAGGGAACAAAGGAAGAUCCACAUCAACAUUCCACAGCUGCUGAAGAAAAGAUUAGCCCAAGUCAGGAGGAUAUCCUGAUGCAGUCCAGCAAAGAACUUUUACACGUGGACCUCCCUGAAGAUUUUCUAAGGAGCAAAGAAGGAAAUGUACAAAUUACCACUGAAACUCUGCUAAAAUCUACCGAAGUACAAGGUAUGAAGACAAGUGGGACUAAGAUGGAUAAUAAUGAAGGACACAAAAAUGGCAAUGUGAUCUGUCAGCUGGAUGAUCUCUCAGCUGGAUGCAGUGAAUUCCCAGAGGUAGACAAAAUCAUGACCAGUGAUGAGGUUUCAGAAACCAGGACAUUAGUUACCCUAGAACCUUUAACCUUUGUGGACCCUGGAUUAACAGAAGCAACUCCUAAAGAAGAAGAAUGUGAAGAAUUAAAAAGUUGUCCUUGGUUGUCAUUACCAGGAAACAGUGCCAUUUCUGAUGUGGACAAUAGGAAGGAAGAGUUGUGUAAACUAAACCUUGUCUGUGAGGCAGAUGACAAUCACCAACAAAUUCAUGGCCACCGUAAUGAACAACCCAGUUCUGCAUGUGAUAAUCCCACAGCCACAAGCCCCUUGAAAGAAAACUGUGAAGUUUCAUGUUUCACAUCAGACUUGUCUGGUUCAGAAUCCAGAACAGUAUCCUUAGAAAACUGUGGUUUUGAAGGUGAUGGUUUGCUAAAGAGAUCUGCUGAAAAGACAGACUAUUCUUAUUUUUAUGGGGGAGAUGAUCAAAGGAAGAACUUGCCUUCUAGAGAAAAAAAUAAAGAACAGCUUUUGAUUCCCAGGAGUGAAAGAGAUGGACCUUUUCUUAUUAAUGCCAGGCAACCAGAAAAGGAGAUUAGUGGUCGAUCUGGUGAAAAAGAGCCUAUUGUUUCCUCAAAAGAAAAUAUCCACAAUAACUGUUGCAUUCGGGACAGUCUCCAUACAGGGAGCUCUAGUUCUUUAAUGCCCAAUUCUUUUACUGAAGCCACAGAAGUAAUGUUAAAUAAGAAUGAUUUGAAAAUUACUUUACAUGUUCAAGGUAACUUAACGUACCCUGAGGACCAUAAAGAAAGCAGUUUUUCCUCCUUGAAGCACAUUGAAGAGCCAGAACAGACAACCCCUAUAGAGCCCAAUUUAUUAAGUAAAUCUUUUUACACUAAAAACUGUAACUCCUUAGUCACCAUCGAGAGAAAUCUGGAAAGCAACACCCAGUUAAAUGAAGCAUCAUGUAAUGAUUUUCUGUUUGAAAGAAAAUCCAUUGUGAGUUUAAUGCCAGAGGAUCAGAUAAGUCCUGUAAGUGAGAUAUUAAAACCCAAGAAAGGUACUGCUCUCUUACCACCAUCCCCAGAAUCUGAUUACAGACCUGAGUCAGAAAAAGUUAUACAGACUUCACAUGAUGAUAUUCCACUUUUAGAUGAACAGAGCAUAGCCUGUGAGAUGAAUGAACUUUCUUGUACCAAUGAACUGGUUGUAAACAAAGUGGAAAGUGAAUGUGUUUUAAAUCAACAAGUGUCCCUUAAUUCUCAAGACCAUGCAAAGUUGCCAACUGACUCUGUAAUGCAUUUAAACAAAGAGAUGCCUUUAAAAACAGGCAAAGAUGCCCAACAGAGCCAUCAUCCUCCAUUAGAGGGUGGAGCAGAUGUCACUGCUGAUAUACAAACCGUUCCCGUUCAGACAAAAAUGAAAGACAUCUCUUCACCAGGUAAUAAAACCUGUGGUGCCUCCUCAAACAGUCCCACCUUAAACAUCAAACCAGUAAGCCUAGAGAGAAAAAAAGAAAUGGCUGAUUCAGGAACAAAAGCUCUACAUUCCAGGCUUCUUUCAAAUAAGAGAGAAAUAGCUGGCUUUCCUCAAGUGGUCUCUGUCAUAGAAUGUCACAGUGUUCAAUCUCAGGAUAUCUCUAGCUGUCAUUGUAUAAGAAAACAUGUAUCUGAAGAAAACAUGUGUUCUGCUUGUGCGGCUUUCAAGUCCAGCAAAAUCAACCUGCAAGUUGAUAACUCUUUGAUAACAAAAUAUAAAAAUGCAUUUCAGCACAGUCAUCACCAUUGCCAAGGAGCAGGAGACUCUGUGGAAAAAAGCAGCUGUAAAGUGAGUUAUACAUCAGAGGAAAGGGAACUUGAUGGGAAAGAAACUAGUGGCAGCCUUCCAGGAGAUAAGAUCAGAAACAAACUGACAGCAGACUUGUUAAAUAGUGGAAUUUCAAACAAAACCAUUCACACCUUGAGUAAUAUCAAACCUAGUGAGGAAGGGCUGGAAGGAAAGGAGCAGGAUAUAUCCAAAGAAACUCUAUUUCGUAAGUAUAACAUCUCUGAUCAUGCUAUACAAGAACUAAACCAGACUGUACACAUUCCAAGUCCAGAAAAAAUGUUGGACCAGUCUCCUCCUGUUAUGUUCUCCAGUUUUAAAAACGUAAAAGCAGUUGAAACACUCAAUCAGGUCGGUCAUAAGGCAGAUGAAGUCCUUGACUCUCAGAGUAACCAAAACAGACCAGAUGAAUGCAGAAGUGAAGGUCAGUCAGCUAAGGAGACACUAGGUAGUGACCAGAGAGAGACUGUCACCAAGCUUCAGGGAGAGGCAAGCCACGACCAAAAAGAUCUGCUGGUCAGCUCAGGCAGUAAUAACUCACUACCUUGUGGUCCUCCAAAAAAAGGCAACUUGAAAGGAGACUUUGUCAAGAUUUCUGGUUGUGAUGAGUCCACAGAAGGUAUGGUAAAUAUCGUCUACACAGACUGUAGUAAUAAGCCUACAGAAGGUGUGCUGGACGUUAAAGCAUCUAAUCCACUGGAUUGUGCAAGGCAAGAGAGACUGGCAUUCCAAGACGACUCAAGGAGUACCUUGUAUCAAAGAGAACUGGAUGCUGCCCAUAUAGGAACAUUUGGCAAGGACUCCGAUUUCUCAGAUGCUGCUGCUUCUAUAGUGGGCUUUCUUGAACUGAAAAAAUCAUAUGAAGAAAACGUAUGCAGAUCUUUAAAAGACUGCGAAAUGGAAAAGUGUCCAGACUCUUGUGCCCAUGAGAUGGAGUCUGUUGCAGAUCAUGAACCAAAUAUAAGAAUAUUGGACAGAGUAAAUGUGUCUUUAAAUCAUAUCCAUUAUGGACAGCAAGAUAAAGAAACAUCUCUCAGAGAAACACAAGAAAUGACUGAAGGAUCAAUACUAGAAAUAAGCUCUGAGUUUGGCAAAGAAAGUACCUUUGGAAUUUCCUCAAAAGAGUUAAUGUCUUGCCAUGAUGAGAGCUCUGGUUCCCUAGGAAUCCUGAAAUCCAUUGAAAUAAUGCCUUCUCAAGAAAAUUUAGAAACUAAUAAUAACAGUGAAGAAACUGACCUGAAAAAUCUUUUUAAACCAAAAGAUGGUGAAAUGCUUUGUGAAAAUGCAAAGGACUGCCCAGUCCUUCCUGAGAUGAAGGAAGGAGUAUCAAGAGAUAGGAGUAAUUCUAGUGAUGGAGACAGCAUAUGUACCUGUGUGGAAAAGAAUGCUUGCAAAGCUUAUCACUCUCACGGGAAUUCCUCUGACAGAUACUUGCCUUUGACAGUGAAUACAGGAACUAAAGUGAAAGGAGAAGAAACUCAAGAGCAUCAAAGGGGACCACCUGUUGACUUAACUGUUGGGGACCAAUCUGAGGAGAUGGUUACCAGAGAAGCUGGUGGUGGCGAUCAUGUGAACAACAUCUCUCAGACCCACAUUAACUGCCAUAAGAUGCUUAGUCACGGUGAAAAACAGCAGAGCCCUGAGGUUUUGGACUACAAGUUGCAGAAAGAAGAGGAAUAUAUACAUCAAAAGGAAGCACAUAUGAUAUCGGAACAAUGCAUAUCAUCUAGUCUGUUGUUAGAUGAUGCACAAAAUAAGAACCAACCUAAGGUUGACAAAGAUGAGUCCACCAUAGUGAAUGAAAUCACCCUAGCACAGCUGGCCAAGAGCAGCAUUGUGGCACGGACUCAGAAGUUAGAAGACCAGGAGGAGGAAAGCUUACAUCAUCCAUUUAAGAAGGACAUUGAGUCAUGCACAGGUUCUUGCCUUCUUGGUGCCCCUCAGAAAGCACAAGACCCCUCCUCUGCUGGAUGUGAUCAAAUACGUGGUGCCUUUGCAAAGAAAGAAAUGCUUCCUUUAAAGAAGCAGCCCCAUCGAACUUGUAAGAAAGUUUCCAGUCAGGAGCAAAACAGUGUGGGGAGAAAAAUAGGUAAAAUCAGAAGUUCUGCCUUUUUAAAGAGUUCCUCCGAUCCCAUCCCAACAAAAGCACACAGACUUCUCAGUUUGUGUACUGUGUCUGCACCUACACGAUUAGAACCUGAAACAGCACCUACCAAGAGCUUGAUUAGCCACAUACCAAAGCAGACGACUACACCAUGCCAUCCCUUGAGGAGCCCGAAUUUUAGGAAGCCUACCAAAGAAUCAGCCUUACUAGACAAGCUGUCCAUCCUUGCCUCCAAACUGGCCCCAGCCAUGAAGACUCAGAAGCUAAGAUACCAACGGUAUUACUCUGAACUUCCAAUGGCUAAAAGCUAUAAGCGCCUCAGAUACAAAAGGCUCCUGGAUGGAUUUUCAUACAACACAGCACAGCUGAAUCCAUAUUUGGCAGCUAGUGGAUGGGAUAAGAGGCCUGACAGUAAUCCCAUGGCACUUUAUUCUCUUGAAUCCAUCAAGAUGAGCUUCAUAGAUUUGAGCAAGAUGCCGUCACUGCUGUUUGGUUCUGAAAUCUUCCCAGUAUCCUUUCAUGUGAAAUCAUCCAGCUCAGAUUGCAUGACUGAGUCCUCAAGGACUUUUCCUGAGCACUGUGCUCCGGCAAGGCUUGCCUUAGGAGAGGCCCUCCAGUGCCCGUCUCAACCUCCCAAGUGGACCUUUUCUUUCUUCUUGUCCCACAGUUGCCCUGGGAUGGCCACAUUCAGGGAAGACACUGGCGUCCAUAGUCAGACCCACACUCAGGCUCUUCUUCAGCCUCCAGCUCCUCUCCAAGACUAUGGAGGCACUGCCAUAGUCCAGACCAGAGCCAACUGCUCUGUCCUUGGCCUUCACACACUUCUAGCACUUUGCUCCCCGGGAUGUUACCGAAUCUGGACAAAAAAACGGAACUUCUCCAGCCACAUGCCUACCAUGCAGAGGCUCUUCAUGACCCACUUUACACAGGGAUUGAAAGGGCUGCGGUCUCCAUCCUCCAUAGCAGACAAGGUCUUCUGUUCUCUGCCCUACUCGGUGGGCAGAGUGCUGUCCAUUUGGAGCCACCACGGGCCUUCUGCAUGCUCCUUCGAAAUCUCUUCUCUUCAUUCCACUCACAGCAAGCGGCAAUCAAGUCUCGGCACCACAAGCAGCCACACCAUGUUACCAUAUGUGCCUCUUCCAGGCAUGGAAGCUACAUAUAACACCAGCGGCAGUCAGACGAGGUUGGAGCCUCCAUUCCCUGCCUUGGUACCAAAGUCUUGCUUGGUAGCAGAAGCAGCUGUCAGCAAGCUCCUGCUUUCAGCCUCUGAGUUCCAAGUUCCUGGGUUGGAUGAGCUGGAUGGUGUGACAGCAGCAUGCCCCUGCCCACAGAGCAGCCCUCAGGAACAGAAAGAGGCUGAGCCAGAGAAGAGGCCAAAGAAAGUCUCACAGAUUCGCAUCCGGAAAACUAUUCCUAGGCCAGAUCCUAAUCUUACCCCCAUGGGCCUUCCUCGACCCAAAAGGUUAAAGAAGAAAGAAUUUAGUUUAGAAGAAAUAUAUACCAACAAGAAUUAUAAAUCUCCUCCUGCAAACAGGUGUUUAGAGACCAUCUUUGAGGAACCCAAGGAACGAAAUGGUACGCUAAUCUCAAUCAGCCAACAGAAGAGGAAGCGAGUUCUAGAAUUUCAGGAUUUUACAGUCCCACGAAAGAGGAGAGCUCGAGGUAAAGUCAAGGUGGCAGGCAGCUUUACGAGGGCCCAGAAGGCAGCUGUGCAGAGUCAAGAGCUGGAUGCUCUUUUGAUACAGAAACUAAUGGAACUGGAGACCUUCUUUGCCAAGGAAGAGGAGCAGGAACGAUCAUCAGGUUGUUGAGGGGCAAUUCAGUUUCGAGGUCUCAAUUAUAGUUUGGUUUUUUUUUGGACCUCCUUGGAAGAGGUUGCCUAAUUUUGCCCUACCGCCAAACCACUCAGAAAUGCACAGUCCUUGAAUUUUUACCUAUUUCAAGGUGCAACCUUUUUAGAAACUGGCGAAGGAGGGUCCUCUACUUUUACUGCUGAGUAUAGAACCUCAGGAAUGCUCCCUUUCUCCUGGAAAUGGACCUGAACGACAUCCAGCCUCCUCCUCUCAGUCCCUGCCAUCCAUAGGAGGAAGCAGCAGCCUAUCUUCAGUAACACUAGGAUUCCAAGGACUCACAGGAUUUGCACGUCCAUAUGAAAGUUCCACUUUGUUUAUGGUGGUGCUAGACCAAGAUUAUUAGAAACGCGGCCUAGGGAGGGGGACCUGGCGUCCUGUCCUGCGUGGUCUAACUGGCUCAUUUCAGUAGUUGAGGAAAGAUGAGCUGUUGUGUUUUCUAAUCUUUUGUCUGCCCAGAACCUGUUGAUGUGAGUAUAUGUGAGAGAGAGAGAGAGAGAGAGAGAGUGUGUGUGUGUGUGUGUGUGUGUGUGUAUGUGUGGCUUUUUCCCAUCGUUUUCUCCCCUCUGUGACUGUGGGUCACUAGUGCCAGAGGAGCCCGUCCAGGCCCCAUUCGAAGUAAGUUGCACUUUUUAAUGUUGUGGUGUGGAUUAUUUUCAUUUGUUUUAUUUUUUCUUUUCUUUUUUGUUUUUCUUUUCUGUUUUGUUUUUGUACUAUUAUUGCUGCAUGUUUGGAGCCUUUAAAUGUGAUUUUAGAACAAUUUUUUAAGGAGAAAAACAAUACAUGUCUUAAGAAUACAUGAUAGGCAUUUGACCCAGUUGAUCGGUGCAUGGAAGAGACAUUUUCCUAUUCAUGUGUUUCAGGCAAUCCCUUCCCCAUCUCCAGUUUCUAGUGUAACUCAUUAGAGGGAGCACUUUUUUGGGUUCUUAUUCUUGCCCACCAAGUACAUGUAUUUAUUUUCGUGGUUUAAGUAAAAGCAGGUUUCUCUCCUGAUCAUUGAGAAAAUACUAAGGUUGGGUGUGGUCUUAAUGGUUUUUAUCUGAAAUGGCGUUAGGUAACAAAAUUGAGUACAACGGCACGGGCUGUGAUACAGGCUGACCCAGAGUGUUUGCGGCUCUCCAGGCAGCUUGCUUCAAGAGUGGAGAGAGCAGGAGAAGGAUGCCCAUUGAGGGCUACCUCAUUGUACCCUGGGCUCCUAUGUCACAUCUGCUGGAACUGUUGAAUGCCAGAGUUAACCAAGUUUCUGAGUUUGUGACUACAGGAGUCUGGGCAGAGAGAUGCUGUGGAUCAGCAGCCUCAAGUUCUUGUUUCUUUUCCAUUGAAGUCCUGUGUGCCCAUAUCCCGCUCCCCUUCCCCUCCUCUAGGGGUUUCUGUUUCUCUCUCUCUCAAAACAAGAGUUUAGAGAAUUAACAUUCCUUGGCUGGUGAGUGGGAUGCUAAAGUCAGCAUCAGGACACCAGCAUCACCUCUUCCAUCCUCCUGGGAGCCACUGCCAUGGAGCAGCCACCUCUGGGAAGUGUCAGAGUUUUAGAGACAUUUCCAAGUCAGUCUGUUAGAGUGAGUGGCAUAGCCUGGAAUGUUGGCCAGCUCUCCUAGGUUUCUUUUACUUCCCCAUUUGCUAGUGGAUGGGGAGAUGGGGUGGGGGUGGGGGGGUCUCUAUGUGCCUUGCCUUUGCAGGUUGACAGUCUAUGCCACACUGGAGCAGAAAAACUGACAUGAGCCAGAAAGAAAAGUGUGCCACGUCUGUCUUCUCGGCCCACUGCCUCGAACAUAGCAUUGAGACAAAUACACAUCCAUGGAGGCUUCCAAGGCCAUGGCCAAAUACAAUUAGAAGAGGGCCAGGUUUUCACACUGGCUCUGAAUGAUGCUAAUCAGAUUCUGUCAUUCUACAUCCACUUUGCCCAGACUGUGUAGACACGACCUGUGUUUCAUCCAGUACCUCUCCCUUUCUGGGACAGGGUUCUUAGACACUAAAUGUUUCUCUCUGACUUCUUUGCUUGAGGGAGUGGGAUGAAUAGUACAUUGUGCCCUUGUCCAGGCAUGUUUAGGGAGCUCCUGCUGGACAGGUUGCAGACUAGCAGUGAGUCAAAAGAGCCCUGUUUGCCAGCUCUGUUGCCAUUGUAGAUGCAGUGAUGUGGCAGCUGUGUUUCCCAGAGACAACAGUGGAGGUUGGCACAGCUGUGGUAUCAUGGCAGAGAUAGUUUCAGCUGUGCACAUUACAGGCGUGGCACUCAAAGGGCCAGGAGCAGCAGUUUGGAACAUGGGUGCCUGGGAACAGGGGACUGGAUGAAACAGCUGAGCUAGCUGAGCCCCUUCCUUGUCCUGACAGUGUAGAAGAGAAGUUGCUCUGAGGCCAGCCCUGCCCUUUGUUGAAAUUCUUGGCCUACCCUCUGGCUAGGGCCCUUCCCCUGCUCCAAAGUUGAGAAGGGGGUCUCCCUACAGCAAACUUGAAAUUACACCUGAAGGUGAUGUAUAUACAUAGGCUCCAGCUGCGCUCAGCCACACCUGUCUUAACUUUCAGUUUCACCACUGACCUAGCCAGCCACAAUGCCGUCGGGUCCUCCAGGCCUGAAGUCCCUAACCACGAUGGGACAUGGUUAUCGGCUGCUGGCAUACCACCUACCUGCCUAGAGCUACAGGAGGCCUGGUUCUGGGAUGGAGUUGGUACAGAUUCUGAUUAUGGGAACUUCCCUCCCCAAGUGGUGGGAAGUUACAGUUAAUUACAACUUAGCUAUCACUCACCUCUGGAGGGUUAGUGUUUUUAAUAUGGGAAAGAGGAGAAAUCUCAGGUCCAAUCAGGGUUCUGCCCAUCAGCUUUUCACUGAAACUUUGAAAUGGUUUUUUUUUUUCCAUUUUUAAGUUUCUAGCUGUGUUUGCCUCCUCCCCCCACAUUCCCUCCUCCUCUUUUUUGCUUUUGGUCCCCUUUCCAGUCUCACGUCUCCAUGAAUUCGAUGUACCUCAUCGCCUGUUAAAGCAGAUCAUGUCCACUUUUCUUACUGACCUUACUCUAAGCUAUGGCAGCGGAGGGAGGUACAGUGAAAAGACAUGUAGCAUUUGCCUUAUUCGGAGCCUGAAGAGCCCAGAAACUCAUGCUGUGAAUCCCAAAACUCGGCGCUCCUCAAGAGCUGUGAAAAUCAUGAUACUUUGUCACAAUUUUGCCUGAAAGGGUCUUUGGCAUGGGUGCCAGAGCCAACCUGAGGUCCAUUCCAGAUCCCACUCUCUGGGUGUGAGACCUCCUGAGUGGCUCCUUCCUCACCCACUGGGCCAAGAGCAGCAGGGAUUGUGCAGGAUGGCAGCAGCAGAUCCAAGGCCGCAGUGCAGCCCAUGGAAUGCAUGGCCGUCACUCUGUCUCCAGGCUGGGAUUCCGUCUCAUAAUCAAUGCCAUGUACAUUAAGAUCCAUGAAAGACCAACUUUUAGGCAGUGAUGCUUGCCUCCCAUUCCCUGGGGGUGGGGGGAGUAUGCAGUUGGUGCUUUCCUUAAUUCCCUUGUUCUGUUUUGUUUCUGUAAGCUUUUCCCCUGGUAUCAUGGAAAGGACCUCUUAAAUAACCACAUUGUGGGUGGCUGUAUCCAAAGUUUAAAUAAUUGGCCAGAAGUACAGAAUAUCCUUUCCUGGAUUCAUGUCAGGAAAGGGCUCCUUGCCAGAACUGAACUUGUUAUAUAAAAACCUGGCUAGGGAGAUUUAAUUUUACUAAAAUUACAGUUUAAUGCUACCAUCUAGCUACAAAUUGAGCAACAAAAGCUAUCCAGAUGAUGAAGCGGGGUCCCCGUUGAGCAGGACAUCUAGCAUAGUGUGCUCUCAGAUUUUAUGCUUGUUGAUUGUGUGUCUUCCCAAGCCCCUCUCUGGUGCUGAAUUGGAUUUGGAUUCUUGGUGAGAAGUCUUAGCAUCUCCUUGGGCUGGUCUGGGCCAGUAAAAAUCGCUGCCUGACAUGUUUCUAUAUUAUCAUGGUCAGUAGUUCAGUGAAAUUUGUACAUUUUUGGUAACAUUGGCAUACGUGAUGCCCCUGCAGUUUCUUUUCUGUUUGGUAGUUUGUGACUCUAAAAUUUCCAUUGUUAUGUGUGUUAAUUUAUGAAAAUAAAUUUUUUUGAAAACCUUUCAAA